AUGAUGUCCUAUUGCAUUCCUCGAAAUCCUCUGCAUAAUAUCGAUCAACUGAAUAUCGUAACCGAACGAGGAACACCUUUGGAUAGACUCUAUCUUGUACAGCUGUCUCCUCAACAGAGACGUAAAUAUGUAGACGUGAUGAGGGAAUUUUUUGAGAAUUACCCAACGCUACGACUUCACGACUUUCGAAGGCAGCAGAUUGUACUGGUUGAUGGACAGCCAAAAAUAGUGGACUUCGACGGAGCAUACUUCAGUCACGAGGAUGUCAAUGGCGACGAAUAUCAUUCCACUAUCAUGCGGAAGCUACACUCAGAAAUACUUAUGGAUUCAACCACUGACAUGAACCAAAAAAACCAGUGA